AAAAAUAAAUCGGGCAAUUUUCCUCCACCGAAGCACCCUCACUAGGCACACGCGCUUGUUUCGUUCAAACUAUCUUUCGUUCAAUGGCAAAGGAAUGGAAAUUUGUUCGUUAAAAGAUUGAUGUGUUGAGUUAUUUCGUUAAGGUGGUGCUGUCAGCGAGAAAAAAGUAGAAAAUGUUAUUGUUUUAUUUUCGUUGUCGUUGUUAAGCGUAACGCAGUGCAAAAUCGGGACAAGUUCGGUCACAAAAUUAUGCUAUUAAACGUUGUUUAGUGCCCUACAGUGUGAGAGUGAAAAUGAAUUUCUUUAUCCCAAAUGAAGUGAAACGCGAAGGCAUCUACCUUCAGCAUCAGCUUGGCCCGCCGCUAAUCCAUCAGCAGCAUCACCAGCUGCCGCAGCAGUCCCAGCAUCAGUUGCUCGGUUUUCCGCAUCCCGGAAUGAUUGUUAAUUUGAAAAAGGAAGAAUUUGAUCCGCUGGAAGGCCAAGCCCAUAAUCAACAGCACGUACUGCAGUUACAGCAACAGGCCCAGAUGGUAGGACUGCAACAACAUCUCUCUGCCCAGAUGCAGUCCCAGCUUGCUGCCCAGCAACAUCAACAGCAACAAUCGCAACAGCAGCAACAGCAGCAGCAACAACAAUCGCAACAACAGUCACAACAGCAGCCGCCACCACCAGCACCAUCGCAAACCCAGCAACCGCAGCAACAACAACAACAACAACAAACACCUCAGGCACAAUCCUCAACGGCUACUACCGCCUCGACGACAACGACGACAACAACCACCACUACCGGUACGGGUAAAAAGAAAAAGAAAGGCAAAGCGAACCGGAACAUUGUCAUCCCGCAGCUACCGGAAGGGUUCAUCGUGAAGGUGAAGGAAGAGUACACGGAGAACUAUGUCCGCACCGUGACGAAAAUCCCCGAAGUAUGGUGGAACCAGGAACAGUUCAUCCGCACGGUCAAGUCGCCGGGUAAGAAGGAGCGGAAGUAUCACGACUACAACGCGGUCAGCGAACACCAGUGCGAUGUGUGCGGGAAAUAUUUCAAGGAUAAGUACAAGCUGAACUACCACGUGCGCAUCCACGUGCCGGAACUGUCGCACCGGUGCGACGUUUGCGGCAAGGUGUUUGCGCACCAGUCGACACUGCAUAAUCACAAGCGCAUCCAUACAGGUGAGCGUGCGUUUAAAUGUCUAACCUGCGGCAAGGCGUUCGUACAAUCGUCGGCUCUGUCCAACCAUACGAAGAUACACACCGGCGAGCGGCCGCACGAGUGCCUGAUCUGUGGCAUUAGCUUCAUCCAGAAGAUCAACCUUAUCUACCACAUCCGCAUACACAACGGCGAGCGUCCGUACCGGUGCAACAUCUGCCAGAAGUCGUUCAUCCAGCAGAGCCAUAUAAAGAACCACAUGAAGGUGCACAAGAAGGACAAUCCGCUCGAUUGUAGCAUGUGCGGCAAGAACUACAGCGAUCUCAACGAGCUGACCGAACACUACUCGUCGCACCAUACGGCCGAGCUGACGUACCGGUGCCAGGCGUGUGGUAAAUCUUUCGCCCAGGCGAACCAUUUAAAAAUUCACAAGAAGAAUUUCUGCAACAGCAAAUCGAACUAAAGCUCUUUCCUUGCUCCCGCCCCCCACCCCCGAUAUGCCUGUAAUUUGUUUUGCUCAUUUCUGUUCCUUUUAAAACUACUCCACUCUUGCAACUGUGUUUUCUCUUAAGUUUUUGUCGCAUUUUUGUGUGGUGUACACACAUUAAAGAAGUCACCCUAAUCUUCCCUGCGUAGACAAGAUUUUGCAGUCAGUAGUGUUUUCCGUGUCUGCCCUUAGAUAAACGGAUCGAACUAGAUCGAAUAGCGAGAAUUGUGAGCGAAAGUGCAGGAGGAUGUAAUAAGCGCAAUGUGGAUUGUUAUUUCAUCUUCCGCUUACAAUUUACAUGAUACGUCGUUUAUGUUUUAGUUACUAGCACAAAGUUCAAAGUAUCGUUACAAACGCAAGACAGAAGCGAUAAACCAAUAGAUGCCAGAGAUGUUAUCCAUCGAAACCAUUGCAAUCCCGCUAGGCAUAACCCUUACGGAUGUAUGCGAGAUUUACAAUUUCCGUUCUGUUUCCAUUCGGUUCCCUAUCCCUGCCUCUGCAAAUACAAAAAAUAAAUUGUAAAUUUAUUGUAAACCCGUACGUUGUAACUGCUGCCACUACUUCCCAAACUUCACUUAAUCAAUGGCGCUGUACCGUACAUCCUCACUACCACCCUCCCCGCCAAUCCCCUCCCCCGUGUGCUCGUCGUAAUCAUCAUCUUGUAAUUUCAAAAUUAAUGCUUCAAAAAUGAUCGAUAAUUAACAGCAACAAAAAUCCAAUCUGCGCGCAUGUCCGUUCCACUUUAUCAUCUCAAAAAAUGCGCUUCCCGCUGAUGAAAUCUGUUCCGGCGGAAGUGUUAAACAUUGCAAGUUUAAAGAAAAACACAAAUUUUCUGAAACGAAAAACACACACUAGAGUAGAGCGUCCCUUUCUGAAGCGUCGUGUUUAAACGAGUUGGCCAUGUAGUAGUGGAACAGGCAGCGCCAUUUCACGAGCGAAUGGUAUAUAGAUUAAUUAACCGUAACAUCAAUCGGCAUGGUAAACAAAAAUUCGGAACGGCACAGCAGCAGUAGUGGUACAGCAAUUAAGCGCAUGCAGAAAGGAAAUAUUGAUUAAUAAAAUCAAAAACAAAUGUAGAGAGCUGUAUGUAAAACUA